AUGCCUGGCCUCUCAGAAGAGGAUAUUCUGGGACUGUGGCGCCUACGAUCUUUGCUUCAUGAGCUCAAGAGCAGCCUAUUCGAAGCUCUAUCACGUGGAGAGAAGUGCGUGCUGAAAUUAGUGGUGGGUUCUUCCGAAGUUUCAGCUAUUGAUGCUGCAUGCUCAUCGAUUGUGCGGGCCUGUCAUGAGCACCUGAAGAUUUGCAAGCUUGAACGAGAAGGGCUGAAAGAUUUGCCGAUGCAUUUGUCACCAGUCAUGCCCAUGACGGCUGAACAAUUCGAUGGAUCUGAACUGAAACUGUUCUUGAGCAAGCUUGGCUUAGGCUAUGAUGUACUUCUUUUCUUGGAUUCAAUCGAGGAGGUGCUAUGCUCAGUGCGCACCUGUCCGCUAAAAAAUACGAGUCUUAGCACUUCUGCCGUGGUGCGCACAAUGGCUUUGAGUUCCAUGACAUUUCAUGAUGGCUACUUGUAG